AUGAGCAACAGGCACUCAGAGGUGAUCUGUCAAGAGGAUAGAAAAGAAAAGGCAUCUAGAUUGAGCCAGAGCCCAGUCCUGGAGGACAGCUGCUUUCAGAAACAAUCAAGACCCUUGCUCAGCAGCCCUCAAGUGUCAACACCAACCCAGACACCACAGAGAGAGAGAGAGACAUCAGAACAAUUCUCCUGCUUGACUGACAACUCUUCUGAUGCUGACACUGGCUAUUCUGGGAACCAUCAUCAACAAUCAAGCACAAUUGGUUCAUUGGCAGCAUACUCAACAUUGGCUUCAGAUCUGGAUGUGGAUCUGGAUGGAUGGGAUCACAUCAACAACUCAGUACAGAGGGGUUCAAGAGAACACUUGCUUCAUAGACAGCAGAGGGAGAUCAGAUGGCCAUGCAUCCAAACAAGAUGGUCUGCUGAAGAGACCACAAGGCUGGUGCAGCUGUGGAAGAGGCACAGCAACAACUGGGCUUUGAUCAAAGAGCUGGACAAGGAUAUGCCUGAGCCCAGGCUGUGGAACCAUACACAGGUGGACCUUAAGGAUUGGAUGCAAAAUAUGAAGAUUGGCCUUAUGAGGAGAGGCAAUCCAGUACCGGAUGACUACUGUCAGAUUCGCCUAGGUGACCGGCACCUGAAAUCAAUUGCACGAGGGCGGCUAAGACAACAAGAAUGA